GAUCGAGGCAGACAGCGGCCGCCGCCGCCGCCGCCUCCUCCUCCGGCCGAUCCCGCGGGAGCCGGUGACGAUGGCGGAGGACGCCUGGCGCCACCGCCGGACCCCCGCCCCGCCACGUGGCGCCCGCCGCUGACGCCUCCACCUCCACCUCGGCAGUCCUCCCCGUCGCUUUCGCGCGUCAGCACAGCACCACCACCACCGCGCGCGGCAUCAAAAACCCACCGCCCCCUUCCCUCCUCUCCCCGCUGCCUCCUUCUCUUCCACUCCACCUCGAGCCUUCUAGAACCAACCUGCGCGGGCGAUGGCCCCGCCCCCGUCGCUUGUCCCCGACGACGCCGGCCUCCGCCUGCGUGGCCGCGCUGGCUGCCCCGACGACCCCGCCGGCGGCGGCGGUGGUGGUGGUGACAGGAGGGAGGGCGACGCCGUCGUUGGGGACUCGCAGCAUCAGAAGCAGCCGGAGCUGCUCUGGUACCGCGCGUCGGCGCCCGCGCACCGCCGCGUCAGGGAGAGCCCCCUCAGCUCCGACGCCAUCUUCCGCCAGAGCCAUGCAGGCCUUCUGAAUCUAUGCAUUGUUGUGCUGAUUGCAGUGAACAGCAGGCUUAUUAUUGAGAACAUAAUGAAGUAUGGCCUAUUAAUAAGAGCUGGAUUUUGGUUUAGUGGAACAUCUCUGGGAGAUUGGCCUCUUCUUAUGUGCUGUCUCACUUUACCAAUUUUCCCGCUUGCUGCACUUGUGGCUGAGAAGUUGGCUCAAAGAAAACUUAUCAGUGAACAUGUGGUUAUUCUUCUCCAUAUCGUUAUUACAACAUCUGUCCUUGUCUAUCCAGUUGUUGUGAUUCUAAAGUGCGACUCAGCAGUAUUAUCUGGAUUUGUAUUGAUGUUUCUUGCAAGCAUUAUUUGGUUGAAGCUUGUUUCUUUUGCUCAUACAAAUUAUGAUAUAAGAAUGUUGUCCAAAAGUAUUGAACAGGGGACAGCACAUGGAAUUUCUAUCGAUCCUGAGAACAUUAAAGGUCCAAACUUGAAAAGGCUAGUCUACUUCAUGUGGGCCCCAACACUUUGUUACCAGCCAAGUUAUCCGCGGACUACAUAUAUUAGAAAAGGUUGGGUGGUCCGACAACUGAUAAAAUGCGUUGUUUUUACAGGCCUGAUGGGUUUCAUAAUUGAGCAAUACAUAAAUCCAAUUGUGAAGAACUCCAAGCAUCCAUUGAAAGGAAAUUUCUUGAAUGCUAUAGAAAGAGUACUAAAAUUAUCAGUGCCAACAUUAUAUGUGUGGCUUUGCAUGUUCUAUUGUUUUUUCCAUCUAUGGUUGAAUAUUCUUGCUGAGCUCCUCCGUUUUGGUGAUCGUGAAUUCUACAAGGACUGGUGGAACGCUAAAACAGUUGAAGAGUAUUGGAGAAUGUGGAAUAUGCCUGUUCAUAAGUGGAUCAUUCGACAUAUAUAUUUUCCAUGCAUAAGGAAUGGUUUGUCAAAGGGUGUUGCUAUCCUCAUCUCAUUUCUGGUUUCAGCUGCAUUUCAUGAGCUAUGUAUUGCUGUUCCAUGCCACAUUUUUAAAUCCUGGGCAUUUAUCGGGAUCAUGUUUCAGAUUCCACUGGUAUUCUUGACUAAAUACCUUCAAGACAAAUUCAAUAACACAAUGGUGGGCAACAUGAUAUUUUGGUUCUUCUUCAGCAUCCUCGGUCAACCUAUGUGUGUUCUUUUAUACUACCAUGACGUCAUGAACAGGCAACAGGCCCAAUCAAGCCGAUAGCCCUAUUGAAAAAUAUCUGCCGUUACACAGAUCAUCAGAAGCCAAUUUACUCGCAACAAGGAAACAAUGCCCUCGCUCCAUCUCACCGUCAGCUCAUGCCGGCAACGCAGCGUGUACAUUGUCCAUACUGAUGCCGAUCGAAGAACAUUCGUAAACGGUUCUCCUGACAUGUGGGCCCUGUAUAACCUCUGGUUUGCAUGUCAGCAGUGCUGUGUACGUAAUGUCGAGUUAGAUGUACAUGAAUCAUGAAUGUACUACCAUUGUAAUACAAACUUGCGUUGGAAAUUCAAAGUUUGAAUGCGCGGGAAGACUCACCUGGGGAGAAAACGGGUGCAUGUAUACAUAGUAGAACUGAUAGCUACACCUGCUUUUUAACCUAUGUUAUAUAAUGCCAGAUGCCAUGCCAUAACUGUGUAUUAACGUUGCUGGAAAGGAUAAUAAAGCAACAUCACUCUGUUCUUGUUUCAGUCCUUUUUGUUUUUGAUCGAUUGACCCAACAUUGGAUAAUACCUUUGCAACGCCAUUUGAUAUUAUUAUUAA